GGCUCAUCAUCACACAAAUUUAAUUAUGUCGAAGUGUUUCUGCUCUGCCGGCUCGUCUUGCACCGACUGGCUGGACGUGCCUGGAACCCAUGGCUCUGGCAAGCAUGGCAAGGCGCUCCUCAGCCUCUCUUCACACGAGGCGACGGUCAAGUAUCCGUCGCAGUCUCGAGGGCUGUCGUACGUACGAAGACGAGCUUCUUUCGGAAUCAGGCAACAUGGUCCGGCUGCCACACUCGCCACUUCUGCUGUCUGUGACGAGCGAAGAGCCCAUCCGGUCACCUGAAAAGCCGAGUCCGAUAUGCAUUCAGGCAGAUGAGGAGAAGCAGUUCCUGCUACAGGCCAGGUCAGCCAGCGAGGACUGGUACGAUGAGUCGGCGCCCAAGACUGUUCACUGGAUCCGCAAAUACGAGCGAAGGCUGGCGGUGGCAGCUUUGUUCAUGCUUGUUCUGGCAGCCGGCCUUGUCGCUCUCGUCGUCAUCGUCGUCACGCAAGCUCGCGCACCUCGCUAUACGCGAGAUCUGUCGUACGAGGUUGAGAUCAACGCAGACUAUAGUGCACACCUCGAAGAUUACCUCGAGCCAGCCAGUCGCGAUGUUACCUGGCUCAACGAUACAAUCGCGAGCACUGGCAUUCACUCGCUCCCGAUGAUCUCGAGUCGUCGCUUUCCUGCAGACACGCCCGCGCCGAGCGACAUUGCUUUCGCCUUUUCGGCCAGAUUCGACAGCACAGACGACUGGCUGCCUAAUUGGCACACAUUGCUAGCCGCCAAUCCUGGCUCAAGCUGCACCAUCCUGAUCAGAGGAAUCAGCAAGAGCGAGCCAGGCACAAACAUACCAGACGUAUCUCAAGAGCAGAUUGACGACUUCCUCACGCAGGUCAACGAAAACAGGGUCGACUGCAAAAUAACCUACACGACGCACCGAGACGCGCGCAAAGACUAUGCAAUGGUACCAUUAGUAGCACAGGAGUAUCACAGAAAUCUCACCGGCCGAUCGCCAAACUAUGUCAUCAUGGCAGACGAUGACACUCUCUUUGUCGAUAUGCGAGAUUAUAGGCGCAUGCUGAGCAAUUACGACCCUUCGCUGCCCUACUUCAUUGGCUCCAUGUCUGACACCAAGAAGCGGAGGGAGGAAGAAGGCUCAUUUGCGUACGGCGGUGCGAGCAUGAUCCUCACUGCAGCUAUGCUGGAUGCGAUGCAGUCAACCCAUGCCGACUGCCUCGAUAAGCUUUCGCAAGAUGAAUACGGAGGAGGCGACGUGUUCCUCGAGCUCUGCGCGAGCCAGGCAGAAGGCAUCAAGCCCUACAAAGGUUCGCACCAGGUCGAAGAUAUGGCAGGCCUGUUCACCUUCCAGAUCGGCUUGCAUCAGUGCGACUACACAGGCAAUGGCGAUGGCUUCUUCCAGUCUGGCAGACGCUUUCUCACGCUCCAUCAUUUCCUGUCAAAGACGUACAUCAAGCCGUUUCCGAAAUUCAUCUCGCGCAGGACUGCCAUGCAGAACAUCGUCUUGGCUGCCCAGCGACUCGGCGGUCAGAACUUGUUCAAACGGCAUGUUUUUGACCAAGGCAGACAGCUCUGGGUGCCUGGCCACUCGAUCACUCGCUAUUCGCGCGCUAUCCCCCGAACGGAUCUUGCCUCGAUGGAAGCUACCGUCAAUGAAGUUCGCUUCGUCGGUCCAACCCGACCUGCCAUUGCAGAAGGUCUGGACGAAGCAGCAGAGGACAAUACAAAGGAAACUUUUUACCUGUCCCUCGCGAGCAUUGUCGCUCCAUCCUCUACUCUACUCGAGUAUACCGCACGGGACAACUCCACGAUUACCGUACUCAUCCAUCACGAAGCCUGAACCGUCGCAUUAUCGUCUAUUUUGGUUGUUGUAUCGUUGCAGUCCCGCGUGUCAAUUAAUGGG